UUCAUUUUGAAAAUUCGAUUUUAUAAAUACUCACUGCUACGGACAUUAUCUUAUAACAUUUUCCUCUUUCGAUUUUUACACUUCAAUCACUUUCCUUCUCCUCUCCAAUCCCUAAAUCGCAUUCAAGAAUUUGAGAGCCAUGGCUCCAAAAUCAGCAAAGUUCAAAUGAAGAGUGUCUCCAAGAAGUCAGAAGCUAAGCUUAUCUCCUACGAUGAGUGGCACAAAGGAUAUGGUUAGAGCUUAGCAGAUACUCGCACAGAUUGUAAAAUCCCUAGUGACGUUACAGUUUAUUUGAUGACCAGAGAAGAGGCUAAGGAUUGACGGUAUACUACUAAAUUAAAAGAGGAUGAAAUCGUCAUUUGUUCUACUCAUCUGCAAAUGAUUCGCUUUCCACUUCUCCCUUUUUUGGUUUAUUUCUUAUCUGUGGCUUAUAUUCACAUCACGCAACUUACUCUGAACGCGAUUCAAUUGAUAAUUGCUGGUGAUGUUUUCGGUGUUCUUAAGAAUUAGAGGGUAGGGAUAUGAUCACUGGCCAAUAAUUGUCUCCUCGGAACUAGGACGAGUAUUGCUCCAUUGUUGGGGGCAAUUGGUAUCCUAAAGUUGUUUGCAGAGAUUUUUUUUCCAUUCCUCGGUAUUUUUCCGAAGGCAAACUGGCCCGACCAUAUGGAUAUAAGUGAUGAGGUUCUUGCUACAUUCAUAUCCCUUGGCAUUUUUCACGAUUGUAAAGAUGGUGUCGUUCUAGUCAGAGUUGUUCUUAAUCUCGAGGUUAUGGCUUUUUUACCGUGGCUCCACUGGUUUGCUCACAAAAUGUGGUAUCCCGAUGUGUUUCUUCAUCUUCGCGAGGUUCCCGGCAAAGCUCUGUGGCGAGGAGUACUAGUGAGGAUGUCAAUUCUCCUUCUAUGGAUCCUUCUUCUAAUAUUCUAGAAGUUUCCAGUAUGCUUUCAGAGGUCACUUUGGCACUCAAAUAUGAGGCCAUAAAUGCUCUCCCUUUAAAUGCAGUUUCCCUUGAUGGUUCUCGUUCCACUUAUGUUUCUACUAUGAGCCAAGGUUCUGAUAUUUCCUUGCUCACACGCAAAAGGGGUUAUGUUUCGUCCCUCCCUGGUGAUUCUUUUGAUACAAUCGUUCAUUUUUCUCCAAGCAAGAGGGACAAAGUGUCUUUUGCUCCAUCUUUUCUUUCUGAUAGGGUAUUUCUUAGCCCAACUCCUCCAAUUGAUUUUGGCUUUUCAGACCAUUCUCAGAUUCUUGCUAGCCUCGGUGUACUUGCCUUCGAUGUUGGUGUUUCUAUUGGUGAGUGCACUGGUGUCUCAGAAGGAAAGUCUACAGAGUUCCUUUCAUCAUUCGUUAGUUCUACUGUAGUGAUCACUUCUUUUGCCAAUACCUCUGUACUUCCUUGCCCCAAGAUAGAAUGUAAGUCUUCUAGGAUAUAUGAAGCCCUACUGCAACAUUUGAUGACUUCAUCAAUUGAUGUUCCAGUAUUCUGCCCCAGUGAACUUAGCAAUGGUAGUAUAGAAGAGGCUAUUUUCAAUCCAUUCGACCUAUCUCUCUCACAAGACCCCGUUGGUGAGUUUAUUGGUUCCCAUCGAUUAAGUGUUGCCACGUUCUCUUUUGACUUUGGCCUUGCUCUAGUUACUUCUCUGUCCGAUUUUACCACUGUCACUACGGGUGCUUUAUUAUCUGCAGCAUCCACUGACAAAUCCCUUCUGCCCCCUGUUUUUACUAAUUCCGAAGUUGAAUUAGUCACAAUAGUCACAUCAAAAGAUCUUGAUGCUAUAGUUAUUAAUGUGUCAGGUGCCAACAUUGGAGAUAGUGUUGGACCAUUGAUGAUUAAUUCUUCAGCUUGCGAUCAUCCCGUAGUGGUUGGAUCUAGAACUGAGGUUUCUGCAUCCCUGACCGUACCGGUCUCGAGUCAAGGUGUUUUGCCUUUGGUUGUUAGUGCUUCAAUUGUGGAAAGUCUUGGAUCACAAUCAUUUUUGCUGAGAGAGGUGCUUCCCGUGGUAUGGGAUCUAUCGCUUGGUUAAUUGCUCAGCAAUCUUUCAAAUCACAUCCUCGUUGCUCAGAUGUAUGUCGGUGGUGCUUUGGAUCAUCACAUCCACUUUGACGAGGCCAUGAAAGUUACUCAAGAACGUAAUGACAAACUAUAUGAAGAGUUGCGCUCUGUGAAACUUUAACUUUCUGAAGCGAAGACAAGUCGCAAGCCAAACUGAGUUAUGUUAAAGCGCAGUUGGUGGAAACAGAGAAACAUCUUUCAGAAAUCUCAUUUGAACAUGAUUUGUUGAAGUAGAAAUUUUCUAAAGCAGAGCAUGAUCGAGAUGACGCUCUUGAAGGAUUUGAGAAAGCCCUCUCUAUGGUUCUUGAUCUCAACAAGGAGCUUGUGAGGCAUCUGAAAGUGAAUCAAACUCAAGACAAGUUAUUAACUUCACAUGGUACUCGUAUCAAAGAUCUCGAAGAUCGACAUUUGUCUCUUUCCGAGGAGUUGAAGAGAGUUGAUCGAAGUUGGGACGAGAAGUAUGGGCUUGGUAUUACCGAGGUCAAUACUCUUAAGAAACAAAUGUUGGAGUUCCAAAAAUACAGUUCGAAGUUAGAGAAGGAUCUUACUCUAUCAGACACUGAUUUGGGAGAAGCUCAGAGUCUAUUGUCCGCUUCUUCUUCUGAAAGGUUUGCUCUUUUAAAAGUAUGUGGGAGUUCUUAUGUACUUUCGCUUUCAUUGAUUCCUAUAUAGUUGUACAUUUUUUUUGUGUUUUUUUUUUGCGCUUGGAAGAGAUUUGUCUCUUGAAUACAUGCAAUCGUAUUAGUGAUCGUUUUAAAGUUGAAAAACUGAUGGACAAGAAAGCAGAGCUUGAAUUCUCCUUUUAUAUUGACGUCUUUGCAAAGGAAUAUAAAAUCUCUUCAGCAGAGAAGAUCGAUAUGGUGAAGAAAAUAUGUGCUCGGUUCGGCAUUGAAUAUGGUAAGUUUCACAUCUCGCAUUGCCAAUCAUCUCUUAGUGAUGUCAGCGUCACAUAUCCCAAGGUCCAUCUCAACGAACUCCAAUAGAGGCAAGUGUGGGGGUUUUAUGCCCAAUGUAAAACAAAUUUUGUAUGUAAUCAAUCAAAUUUUGACUUGUCAAAUCACAUUGUUUAUUUAUUUAAUAUAAA